AUGAACACGUAUUGCACUGUUUUCUAUUGGACACCCAGUGCUCUUAGCGGACUAGAACCUGUUAUAGUCAUGUGUAUAAUAGCUACUAUCAUGCAUGGUUUUUUGUGGAUUCAAGUUUUAUCAUUUUCAUCAUUACGAAAACAAAAUUUGAUUUGGCUUUAUGCGUAUUUAUUUUCUAAUACUCUUCUUCUGGUACGUUUCUAUAUUCUGUAUGGUAUGCGUCGUGGAGAAGUGUGCUUGUUUUCAACACUUGAAAACAUCAUUUGCUAUUUUGAAGCAUCAUCAAAGGGUUAUAUCAACACUAUUCAAAAUUACUUUUUAUUGGCCUUUAGCAUUUCUCGGUAUUUACGUAUUGUUUUUAAUCGAAAUACUUAUAAAGGAAAAAUUCACUUAAUUAUAUUACUACAUUUUCUUAUUUGUACAAUAGUCGGGCUUAAAAUAGUUGUUCAAUUUCGUGUUGGUUGGACACAAAUAUGGCGUGCACCUGGAAGAUCGUGCGAUAUGUUAUUUGAAUCAGCAAUAAUUCAAAUUUUAAACUUAUUUUUAAUGUAUAUUAUUCCUGUGGCUUUGAAUAUAAUUGUUCUUGCUCUUGCAAUAAUUCAUGUCAGUUCAACACAAGGGAUUAGAAGCGAACAAAUUAUUCACAUUCGUCAAAGGCGACAACGAAAACUUAUAUUGCAAACAAUAGCUUUUUAUUCUGUUUGGCUUAUUUUAUGGAGUCCAGAUAUUCUUACUUUCCAAUUUACUGAUGGCACUAGUGGAAUGGCUAUAUAUAUUAGUUUACUGUGUUAUAUUGAAAUUGCGCUAGAUCCGCUGAUUAUUGCAAUAAUUGAUCUUCGUUUUUUGCAAGUAUGGCGUAAAAUAUGGAACACGAUACACCGACAAGAACGAAGAGUUGGCACUAUUUCAUGA